UCUCGUAUUGCAACAUUGGUUUCUCCAAACUCACAUGAACUAGUUUCCACACAAAAAACACUAGCAAAGUUCCUUAAACCAUGUUCCAAAAACACUCCAACAUUGCAUCAUUCCGAAACAGUGUCUCAAAUGAACCAUCUUCAUCCUAAGAAACUUAACUUCAAAGGUUGGAAAAAUCCUCAAGCAAAAUGGGGUGAUUGGUUUGAAACAUUAACAGGAAAACAUGGUUUCAUAUGGAACCAAACAGGUCUCUGUGAUGCCCUUUUGUCUUCUCUAUACAAUUUUCCUCGCAACCCAUCUUUGGUUCUUGCUUUAGUACAAUAUUGGUCUCCAAAAACCAACACUUUUGUUUUUCCUUGGGGUGAAGCAACCAUCACAUUUGAAGAUGUUAUGAUUCUCGGUGGAUUUUCAGUCCUUGGUGAACCGGUAACACUUUCGCUUUCUUCUGAUUUGCUUUCAAUCGAAGCUAAAUUGAUCGAGAUUCGAAGGAGUAUGUCGAAAAACAAGUCCAAAAAGGCAGAUCAUAAUGCUUGGUUAAAGUUUUUCAAAGAGGGGUUAGAAGCAGAAAGUGACAAACUUUUUGAAAUUGAGCAUGUGGGUUUUCUUUGUUUAUGGUUAUCAAGGUUUGUUUUUCCUUCAUUUUCUGAUUCUGUUAUCGACCCGCGUGUUUUUCCAAUUGCUAUUCAUUUAUCUCAAGGUACAAGAAUGGCUCUUGCACCUUCUGUUCUUGCUAGUAUUUAUCAUAAUUUGACUUUUCUUAAAGAAAAACUAGUUUCUUCAUCUGUGGAGGAUUUGAAUUUGAAUGUUAAUGGUCUAUUUCAACUUGUGCAACAAUGGUUAUUUGAAAGGUUUCCAAUUCUUGGACCUAAUUGUCCUAAUGAACUAAAGAAGGGUGAACCUAGAGCUGCAAGGUGGCACAAAUUAAACUCUAAUCAUCAACAUGCUAGUUUUGAAUUCAUUUUGUCUGUUUUGGAAUCAAGAGAGAAUUUUCGGUGGCGUCCUUAUGUUGUUGAUUUGAAAAAUUGGUGCUUUGUGUCACAUUGCAAAGAAAAUGAACAAUAUGUUGAUGGUUCAAAUUCUGAUUUAGCAGAAGAGUUGAAGUGCUUUGGAGUGUGUUUGUGUGCUGAUGAGCUUGUUGGUUUGGAUUGUGUUGAGAAGUAUAUGCCAUAUAGGGUAGGAAUGCAGUUUGGAAUGGAUCAAGAUGUUCCUCCUAGUGAGUUCACUGUUCUGAGUCCAAGUUACAAGGGAAAUUUUAGCUUUUAUGUUCCUGCAAGAUGCUACAAACCUUGUUUGUCAUUGGAAUAUCACAAUUGGUGGAAGAAAUCAAAGGUGGAUGAUUCUGUUCUGUUGAGUGAUAAAAAUUGUAUGUUAGAUGUAGUGAUGAUUGCAAAGCAAUAUUGUGAAGAAGAAGAAAAUCAUGUAUCAAUUGACUCUGUUAAAAGUAGUUUGAAAAGGAAAUCAUCAACCAAUGAAGAAAGCAAGGAUAAGGAAGUGGAUAGCAAUAGUAGUAUUGUAUUUGUAGGUGAAGAUUUAGCUGUUGAAGAGGGUGAGAGUGAGACCAAGAGAUUGAAGAAGAAUGAACAAUCUUUCAAUUGUGAAUUCAACAAUGAUGCUGAACAUGUUGAAGUAUUGUUCAUGAGUGGAAAAGGGAAAAAACAUGUCGUAGGAACUUGUGACAAUCCUUUGGAUGUUGAAAAUUAUGCAUGCACCAUUUUGGGGACUUCUUCUUAUCCUAUAAGGCUAUAAAUAUUGAUUAUUACCUGAAGUAGCUUUUCCUUUUGGUGCUUUUUGGACAAAAGAUAAAAACUAAAGGCAUGAUUAUAUUGGAAAAGGAUUGGGACAUGGGUUAGUAUUGUUACUCUUUAAGGACUUUUAUUUUUACGUAAAGUUGGUCCACCCAUUGGACUUAUAUGUACACAAAAAUAUCUCCUAUUUUGAUAGCUCAAAGGAGUUUAGCUGUUUUAAAUUAGUUUCCUAAAAUAUAUG